UCAGACGGCGAUCUUCCACGUCACAGGAAGCGCUGCAGAGCCGAGAGGAGACUGCUCGUCUUAGAGCUUUUACGCAUGUAAAUAUCGUAAACUGGACCUCCAAGGCCACCCCGGGAUAUAACAGUCUUCACGUUAGGCAUCAUCCAGUGAGUGGCGUUACUCUUAACGGAUAAAAAGCCAGCAGCAAAAUGACAGCUGCAGAAAAUGUGUGUUACACGCUGAUCAAUGUGGCCUCUGACUCAGAGCCCCCUUCUGAAGUCAGCCUGAAAACUGAUCUAGAGAAGGGGGAAAUCAAGGCAAAGACUGAGGCCCUGAAGAAGGUUAUCACCAUGAUCCUGAAUGGGGAGAAGCUGCCCGGGCUGCUGAUGACCAUCAUUCGCUUUGUGCUGCCGCUUCAAGACCACACCAUCAAGAAGCUUCUGCUGGUUUUCUGGGAGAUUGUACCCAAAACCACUCCAGAUGGCAAGCUGCUUCAAGAGAUGAUCCUGGUCUGUGAUGCCUACAGGAAGGACUUGCAACAUCCAAAUGAGUUCAUCCGCGGCUCCACUCUGCGCUUCCUGUGCAAGCUGAAGGAGUCUGAGCUGCUCGAGCCUUUGAUGCCGGCCAUCAGGGCCUGUCUGGAACACCGUCACAGUUACGUGCGCCGCAACGCCGUCCUGGCCAUUUACACCAUCUACAGGAACUUUGAGCACCUCAUCCCAGACGCUCCAGAGUUGAUCCAUGAUUUUCUUGUGAAUGAGAAAGAUGCCAGCUGUAAGAGAAAUGCUUUCAUGAUGCUCAUUCAUGCCGAUCAGGACCGAGCUCUGGAUUAUCUCAGCACAUGUAUCGACCAGGUUCAUACUUUUGGCGACAUCCUGCAGCUCGUCAUCGUAGAGCUGAUUUACAAAGUCUGUCAUGCUAAUCCAUCCGAACGUGCACGAUUCAUCCGGUGCAUCUACAAUCUGCUGCAAUCCUCCAGUCCAGCGGUUAAAUAUGAAGCUGCUGGCACUCUUGUAACCCUGUCCAGCGCUCCCACAGCUAUUAAGGCUGCUGCCCAGUGCUACAUUGAUUUGAUCAUCAAGGAAAGCGACAACAACGUGAAGCUGAUUGUUCUUGAUCGUCUGAUUGAACUGAAGGAGCAUCCCACACAUGAGCGUGUGCUCCAGGACCUUGUGAUGGACAUUCUCCGUGUCCUCAGCACGCCUGACCUGGAAGUCAGGAAGAAGACUUUGCAGCUGGCGCUGGACCUCGUCUCAUCUCGCAAUGUAGAGGAGUUGGUGAUUGUUCUGAAGAAAGAGGUGAUCAAGACAAACAAUGUGACCGAGCACGAAGACACCGAUAAAUACAGGCAGCUCCUGGUGCGCACGCUCCACUCAUGCAGCGUCCGUUUCCCUGACAUGGCAGCCAAUGUCAUUCCAGUGCUGAUGGAGUUCCUGAGUGACACUAAUGAGGCAGCCGCUGCCGACGUGCUGGAGUUUGUACGGGAGGCCAUCCAGAGGUUUGACAACUUGAGACCCCUGAUCAUCGAGAAGAUGCUGGAAGUCUUUCAUUCCAUCAAAACUGUCAAGAUUUACAGAGGAGCCCUCUGGAUCUUGGGCGAGUACUGCAGCACCAAGGACGACAUCCAGAGUGUGAUGACUGAAGUGCGCAGGUCCCUGGGAGAGAUCCCAAUAGUCGAGAAUGAGAUCAAGAAGGAGACGGGUGAAGUGAAGCCAGAGGAAGAAGUGAGUGCAGCUCCAGCGCAGAAGCUGGUGACAGAGAUGGGCACCUACGUGACACAGAGCGCCCUCAGCUCCUCCCGCCCUUCAAAGAAAGACGAGGACAGACCUCCACUCAGAGGCUUCCUCAUGGACGGAGACUUCUUUGUGGCUGCUUCCCUGGCCACCACCCUAACUAAAGUGGCCUUGCGCUAUGUUGCUAUUGUUUCCGACAAAAAGAAACAGAAUUCGUUUGUGGCAGAAGCCAUGCUGAUCAUGGUCACCGUGCUGCACCUGGGCAAGUCCUCUCUGCCCAAGAAGCCGAUUACGGACGACGACGUGGAUCGCAUCUCGCUGUGCCUCAAGGUCCUGUCGGAGUGCUCGCCGCUGAUGAACGACAUAUUCAACAAGGAGUGCCGCCGAUCCCUGUCACAUAUGCUGACUGUCAGGCUGGAGGAGGAGAAGCUGUCCCAGAAGAAAGAGUCGGAGAAGCGAAACGUCACCGUGCAGGCAGACGAUCCCAUCUCCUUCAUGCAGCUCACAGCCAAAAACGAGAUGACCUCCAAGGAGGACCAGUUCCAGCUCAGUCUGCUGGCCGCCAUGGGCAACACACAGAGGAAGGAGGCCGCUGAUCCUCUGGCAUCAAAACUCAACAAGGUGACCCAGCUGACGGGCUUCUCGGACCCCGUGUACGCUGAAGCCUACGUUCAUGUCAACCAGUACGACAUCGUGCUGGAUGUGCUGGUGGUCAACCAAACCAGUGACACCCUUCAGAACUGCACCCUGGAAUUGGCCACUUUAGGGGAUCUGAAGUUGGUGGAAAAGCCUUCGCCUCUAACUCUGGCCCCUCAUGAUUUUGCUAACAUCAAGGCCAACGUCAAGGUGGCGUCUACUGAGAAUGGCAUUAUAUUUGGCAACAUAGUUUAUGACGUGUCGGGAGCGGCGAGUGACAGGAACUGCGUUGUCCUGAGCGACAUCCACAUCGACAUCAUGGACUACAUCCAGCCAGCCUCCUGCACAGACGCUGAAUUCAGACAGAUGUGGGCGGAGUUUGAGUGGGAAAACAAGGUGACGGUGAACACAAACAUCACCGAUCUUAAUGAGUACCUUCAACAUAUUCUCAAGUCCACCAAUAUGAAGUGUCUGACUCCUGAAAAGGCGCUGUCUGGCUUCUGCGGCUUCAUGGCGGCCAACCUUUACGCCCGUUCUAUCUUUGGAGAAGAUGCCCUGGCUAAUGUCAGCAUAGAGAAGCCGAUCCACCUGGGGCCCGAGGCGCCUGUCAACGGACACAUACGCAUCAGGGCCAAAAGUCAGGGGAUGGCUCUGAGCUUGGGCGACAAAAUCAACCUCUCCCAGAAGAAGGCGAACGUCUGAAACACCCGUCAUUCCUCCGUCGUACAUCUCGCAGCCUUUUCAUCGCAGUAAAAUUAAGAACUCUAUAUGGUCAGAUGCUUCUGUGCUCUUGUUUUGUUUUUUUUUCCACAUCACCUCUUUUUGAAAACUACAUCUCUGCAAUGUUUUUUUCUGUCCUGUUUAAUUUUCAAUAAACAUAUGUAUUAAAUAAUGUCAAAACUGUGCUGCA